GAUGCCCGAAUCACCUCAACUGGCUCCUUUCCAUGUGGAGGAGCAGCGGCUCUACUCUGAGCCCCUCCCAGAUGGCUGAAAUUCUCACCCAAGAGGACAGCCACCCUUCAUAGGAAGCUCAUUUCUAACUGUGUAACACUAAGUGGGGAGUCAGGAAUUAUCAUUACUACUCAAGAAAUCAAGCUUUCGUGUUCUUUUGAGAUCUUACGUGAAAUAUGUUUCUUUGGUUGGCACAAACGACUCAUUUUUAGCAUUUAUGCACCUGCAACACUUAUUUUCAUAAAGGUGAAUUAUAUAAGCCUAGAAAACCACCUCUUAAUGGGCUAAAAUUACCGAUUUUAGCAUCUAAACAAAAUCUGGUACCUGAGUUAACCAGCAGCACAGACAUAACAAACAGUGCUGUAUGUGCAUGGACUGGUCUCACUGAUUCAGAAAAACAGGAGCGUUUUUGCACAAAUGAAUCCAUUAUGUCUCUGUAGGUGAGAAACAUUAGAAGCUGUCAGAUGUUCUUGUCUGUAAACGGAGCAGUUACUCAGACUUGUCAUUCGUUUAUGUGUUACUAACUUUUUUUUUUUUUUAAAGUAACAGGCCAAAAACAAAUGUUUGAUAUUUGCAAGCUACUAACUAAAAGCUUUUUCUGUUAUUUAAGUGCAGAACUUCAAUUUUUUUUUUAAAAUCUAAACUACUCAAAGACAUUUAUUUUGUGUCAAAAGUACUUUAUUUUAUUAUAGUAGCCAGUACAGUCCUGUAAUCAACCAUUACCUCAACCCAUAUGACAUAUUAAUAGAAUUUUAAAUAGCCCUGCUUCUUAUGUGUCCUUUUACAUUUGAAUUACAUUUUUAAAAGAUAGAGAAAAUAGUUACAAACAUAGAUUUCAUUUCUCAUUAUCACAUAUCAAUUCGAAAAUAUUUGAUUGUUUUUAUUGGUACAAGUGUAUGCAUUAUUUUAACACAUUACAUUGAAAUUUAGCGUUCUGCUUUUUUAUUUGCUGUUCCAUACUAUAGCAUAUAUAACGAAGCAAGUAUACUGGACCAGUUUUUCUAAACUUUGGUUGAGACAUCAUGCCAAAGCUGUUAAAGUAAAAUAAUUUAAUUUUGCAUCAGUAAAAUAGAUUUUAAGAUAUGGGCUGGUGUGUAGUUCACCCACACAGAGUUUAACUGUUGUAGAAGUUACUGUAAGGUAAGUUUUAAAUUUAGUCGAAGACAUUCAAAUAGUUGCUUUGCAGCAUUUUAUUUCUGUCCUCUUAUGGGCUGCGCACUGAACCUCAAAUCACGGUAUCUUCUAAAGUUGUAUGAAAUUUGCGCUUGCACUGUGGUGCCACAUUCUGCAAGUUUGGUCUUAAACAAGACAAAUUACAGCUGGAUAGUCUUUAACUUUCCAGUCGAGCCAAGAUUUCAAUUAUGUGACAUUUUCCACUAACCAAAAAAAAUUUCCUUGAAGAAAUUAAAGGAUGAGAGUUAAUGAUGAAGAAUCAAAGAGAAGGUUGUGCAUUAAAUACCUCAUUUACAUCUAUGGUGACUAUCGAGAAUUUCAAAUGGUCAAAGACUUUGAAGUUUCUCUUUGUUUGUUUGACUACCUAUACCUACCCACGAUGAUAUUUAUUGUGUGAAAUGUAUUUUUAUUUAUGACCUGGGUCAAAGACAUAAUCCAGAAACUAGUUACUAAAGCAGUGUUGAGUAUUUUAUAUAGACAACAGUGUCCUGAAUUGUUAGAUGGACUUAAAGAGGUCAUUAAAAUAGCACCGACCAAGCCAACAGAGAGACUGUCUGAGGCAGGUGUCACAAAACUAUUUCUUGUAUCAUAUGAGUGCUUCUGUUUUGUUUUGUUUUUUUCCAUGGAAAUGAAAUUCCUAACCUGCCACUGCAGUGUCGAUGCCUCUCAAAAGUGCAUCACAAAGUAAACCUCUUAUAAUUUCCCCCCUUCCUUAUAUGAAGUGUUUUCUGUUUACUUUAGUACAGAGGUUUAUUACACGAGGCUGCUGAUCAACAAUUGCUGAAACCCAAGGCCGUUGUGGAAAGAUUUAAAUUCACUUUGUACAUGAAGUUGGAUUACAUAUUCAAGGAUACGUAAUAUGUGAAUAACAAAAUAUAAUUUUCUUUAUUUGUAUUUUCUAAUAAAUGGAAAAUUCUGUGUUUGAGUUGUGGAUUCUUUUCGUAUUGAUCAGUCUAAGUAAUUGCUAAAUGUUAAAUCUUUCAAAUGCUGAUUUCUUCCUUCUCUCCAUUCUGUUACAUCUCCUACCUUCCUCCUAGUCUUCCAGUUUUUCCAUAUUCUUGGAAAAAAAUGUAAAAUUGGGACCCUGUAGGGAUCCUUGAAGGAGCCUAACUUACACAAAAUGUAUAAGUUCUAAAAUCACAGAUGGGACCUUUGACAUUACGUUUUUUUUUCUUUUCUUUUUUUCAAUUACUAAGAUGCUAACUCACUAGUUUAUAAUUUUUAGGAUCCCUGGAUACGUCUGUUACAGUAACUGCAUAUUCUAAAGUGGGCCAGUGUGUGACUUGGGAAGAUGAAUGGCUGAUGAGCAAAGCCUGUGAGUUAGUUGAGGCAGACAUCACAUCGCACCAAGUCUAUUUAAGUGUAAAGAAUCUUUCUCUCUGACAUCUCAUGCCAGCAUCCACCCUUAGUUCUGGAGGACAUUUGACUCAUCACUAUGCAGUUUCUAUGUGUAGCAUGUUUGUGGGGAGUAAUAAGCUUAGUAAUAAGUAAUAAGAGAGUAAUUAAAUUCAGUUGUGUAUUUGAGAUUAAAAUGAGAAGAUUUAAAACAUGGGCGAUGUUACCGUGACUACCGUGAUCUGUUUGUAAAACCCUGAUCUUGAACCCCAAUAACGGCAUUUUGGUUGUUGCCAUGUUGUGUUUCUUAAGAUCCUGCCGCGGGCACAUUUGGAUGAAUAGGUGGAGUUUUUAGUUAUCACAUUAAGGCUUGUGAGAUACUGUUAUGAAGGGAGUUAUUACUUCUAGAGACAAUCAACUGUGGCACCAAGACAUAAACAUUUAAAUUUUGCUUGCCACAAAUGCCCUGUGACAAUGCGCACGUGUUUCUUUUGGUUCUUCGAAGUUGGUGUCUGCUUCAUUCUGAGUCGAGGGCAGUGGUAAAGGCACAAUUCCACAAUGUCUUUAAACUGACAGUGAAAGAUGGUCUCAAUGAAAGUUGGUAUUAAUUGUGACGCACCACGAGUGGCUGGAUUUAGCUUUCUCAAAUCUGUUUUGUGUGUUUCAAACUUUUUUGUAAACAGCACACUGGGCGCUGGCAGCUAAGAACAAGAAACUGAGGCUACAGUUCACACAGGCUCACCAAAACUGUACAAUAUGAGGGAUGAGUCUUGAUUUCUGUUGCAACAAUCAGAUUUUAGGGUCACAAUCUGAGGAAAAAAUUAGGGUUUGGAGUGCUGCUGGUGGUGUAGCAGUGUGGUCGAUCUUUCCUUGGCACAGUUCGGGCACCUUGGUACCAAUUGAGCUUUCUUUAAACACCACAGUCUAUCUGAGUGUUGUUGCUUGCUCAUCCCUUUAUGACCACAGUGCACCCAUCUACCGAUGGCUGCUUCCAGAAGGAUAACACACCCGUCAAAAAUAUGUUAAGGGUUUAGUCUAGAGGUAUGAUUGGUCUGGUACUCAUUUGUAUCAAGAGAUCUAUUUCACAGGUUCUUCUUACACAGAAAAAAGGUCUCCAAACAAAUUCAUAUAAAAGCAAAUGAACUAGAUUAAGGUAUCCACGUAUGUUUUCUUGUAUUUUCUAAAUAUUGUACUGAUGUCCUGGAGUCCCAAAGAGAAGGUCUGUUGUUCCAUUUGCACACAUUUCCUGAACUUUCUUUAUUCAAACAUUUUUUCUAUCUUUCUUUAGUUUUUACUACUACUGCAAUUAGUAUUUGUAAGUACAAUCUGACUUGUUUUUUGAGACCAUGUGGCAUAUUUCCCAAUAAAAUACAACAAGAAUCUAAACUAAUCUUUGAGCUGGUUAUUGACCUUUAUCUCAUUUCCUAACCCACAAUUUCCUUUCUACGUGCAGUUUUAGCUCAAAUUUAACACCCAUGGGUGAUGACUCAGAAGGAUGAAGGCCUCGUACCUGUUAUUCCACCGCGCCUCUAUUCGUGUAUUUAUGGUAAAGCCCUCCGCCACACGGAAGAAAGGUUUCAGCUAGCAUGAUGCUCACAGGGAUGUAAAAAUUUUCUACUGCGUCGCUUCUUUUCACAUUUUUUAAACCACUGCUUGGAAGCACUUACUAAUUCUUCUAAUUUACCUGGCAUAUAUUACUUUGAAUGAGUCAACAUGGCGACGUGCAUUCCCUUUCAAACACAGUUAUCCUCAAUAAUGGAGGUUCUGGUGAAGGCAGCAGUGGCAGAGAUAUCCAAACUAGUCGAUGACAAAUGUGCGUUUCUGCAUCUUGAAAUAUCCCGAAAGCAGAGCGAGAACGAGAUGCUGAAGAGGAAACUGCUGGUGAUGGAGAGCAAAAAUGCGCAGCUGCAGCGAGGAUUCGAAAACUACAUGGACAGAGGAACUGAUGUGGGGAGCAACUGUCCGCACCCUGCAAGAGAUAUGAAGUUUCCUGAGAUUGAAGAUGCAACUGUUUCCUUCACAAUAAAAGAAGAAAGUCCAGAUGAGGCUCUAUGGAUCAGUGAUUCUGCUGGACCAAUGGGUUCUGCUGUUCAGUACCCUAACACUGCUAGUGCUCCAGAGAACCAGCAGUUUGAAGAGGGCCACCAGUUAACCCAUCCAGAGGUUGCCAGACAGAAGCCAUCAGAGUUCAGUGACUCGUUUAACUCUGCCCAGCGUGCAGUAGACAUCAGUAGCCUUCAGUUCACAGUGAAGACAGAGAAGGAAGAAGAUCGACUGGCAUUCAGACAGGAUGGGUGCCAGCAUAAUGUGGGGAAGCAGACCCAACUUGCUGCUGAAUUUUCAUUGGAUGAAAGGGAGAAUCAAAUUUGGUCAUCCAUAAUUGAAGGUAAUGACAUUGACACUGGUUUCCCUGACUUCUCUAGUGUAGUAGAGGAGUAUUCCAACACGUACCCUGACCAUUCAGAUCCAAAUGUAGCUUCUAACCUGAGCAAGUCGACUAACGUCCAGCAGUUGCCUUCUCAGAGGCUUUGCAACGGGAUUUACAACAGCGAAUAUCAGAAGGACGUUCCACAGUCGUCAGAUUUCCAGCCUAGGUCGCAGGCUCCGUUGUUGCAGCAAGACAAGCAGAAGGAACAAAUUUACCCGCAGAGAAACGCGUCACACUCCACUCACCUGAGCCAGCUAGAGGAAGACCCUGAGAGGGAGACCGCAACUCGAGAUGGACCAGUUGUAACUCAAUCGCACAACACGUUCACACCGAGCAGCUUUAACCCUCACAGCCUACACAAACCCCUCUCUGGGACGGCCCGAUGCUACGGGUGCUCGCAGUGCGGAAAGUCGUUCAGCCGCCUCCACCAGUUCAAGCUGCACCAGCAGAGCCACAAGAGAAAGCGAGCGUUUUGGUGCACGGUGUGCGGGAAGAGUUUCCAGUGCUCGUCGCACCUCAGCAUACACCACCGGACUCACACGGGAGAGAAGCCGUACGGUUGCGGACAGUGCGGGAAGAGGUUCACGCAGCAGAGCAGCCUGAGGGUUCACCAGCGGACGCACAGCGGGGAACGACCAUACAGCUGCUCACAGUGCGGGAAAACCUUCAUCCUCAUGCAUCAUUUAAAGCGACACAGAAUCAUUCACACCUACAGCUGAGGUGGUGCGAGUGAUCGAGGUGAAAGACGACGGUCUGAGAAUCAAAUAUUCAGUGAACGGCAGCUUUUUUUUCCAGUGGGAUUUUUUUUUUUAACCAUAUGGCAUUACUGAACAACUUUGUAUAUUAAUGCAUAUUUUACUAUGCAAAAUCCAUCUGGAUAUCAACAUGUUUGCUUCUUUUUAAGUACUUAAAAUGAUCAAAAUGUGAAACUGAACUGCACCCUCGUUCACACGUUUGUGAAACCCUUCCAAAGCUAGAAAUCCAAAAAAAUGGAAAAGGAAAACCAAACUCUUAAAUGGUAAAUGGCCUGUAUUUGUAUAGCGCUUUACUAGUCCCUAAGGAUCCCAAAGCGCUUUACACAACCA